CUUAGGAUUCUUGGAGCCUCCUCUCCUGCCAUCCGGUGGAGCUCUGGCCAUGUACCCGGGCCUCGCGUCCAAGUCCAAGUGCCCGGCGCCGCCGCCCAAGCCGCCGCCGCAGCCGCACUUCUCCAAGGCGGCCGGUGGCCCAGGCCGCGCGUUCCGGCCGGCGCCAUGUCCAGGCUGGCAUUUGCCAGGCUGGAACUUGCCCUGGGCGAUGCCGGCGCAACAGCGAGGAUCCAGCUCCAGCGGGAGGAGUCUCGGGGACCUCAUGUUCUCGCAGGAGGACCUGAACCACUUCUCGGAGGCCCAGCUGGACGCCAUGGGGAAGAGCGAGCUGGGGCAACACCUGGAGGAACUACUGCACUCCGAUUGGAUCCAGCCGAAGCAAGUCUUCACUGCGGCCUAUGAGAUGGACGCAGAUCCGGCGAGUCAGCCAGCGAGCCAGCCAAGCGAGCUGCCCGCAGCACCGCCUCAAGGCAACGUGGAGCUGCCAGGUGAUGUCUUCGGAGGCGUCGAACCCGUGGAGCCGGAGGAGAACGACUCGUCCUCCGAAAGCGAGGAGCCCGCCCCCAUGGAGUUGGAGAAGGAGACGGUCCAGGAGAAUGGCCAAGAGAGUCACGAGGAGCCGGCUCCGGAGCCAGUCCCGGAGGAGCCCGGCUCAGGCCGGCGCCAGCAGCUGCUGCUGUCGCCCAGCUGGCGCCUUGGGGCGCUGGCGGCCAUGGAGCUGAAGCGCCGGAAGCAGCUGGAGCAAGCGGAGGAUGGAGCCCAGGUGGGCGUUCUGCUGGGGCAGAUCCGCUACUCCCAGGACUCCAUCCGGGGCACCUUCCGAGACAACCGCAUGCUCAAGCAGAUGCGGCUGGAGCUGAGCUCAGGCAGCAAGAGCGUAGGGCAGAUCCCCAUGCUGAGGGCUGUGUACCGUGAUGGCUUGAUUUACAGCGCGGACAACCGCCGGCUCUGGGCCUUCAAGCACAGCAUGAACUCCAACACCCGCAUACCGGUGAUCAAGAAGAGGACGGACGACCAGUUCCUGAAGAAGCUGACCACGGUAACCUCAGGCAUCACCAUCGCGCGGCGAGGCGACCUGAAGCAGUACUGAGGCGGACUCUGAACUCGACUUGUACAUAGGCCCACUUCUUCCCGUGGCACCAACUCUUUUUGUGUCGUUCUGUUCCUUGGUGC